CGUCCCUCUAUAUGCUAGUGGUCGUCUGUUUACCUCAUUUGUAGUGAUGAUGUGAAACCGAGACCGCUAGCUAGCUAGCCUAGCUAAAGUAAGGAAACCCGGUAAGAGAUGGAGGAAAAAACACGUGGUAUUGGGGGACACAGUGAUGAACCUCCUUUUACUUUUCAUCUCUGUUUUCACCUGUUUGCCGUAAAACAGCCGUUAAAUUCUCACUGACGGCGUUAGCCUGUUAGCAUGCGAAGCUGCAGGCUAGGCUAGCUCCGGUGGGUUCGUGUUUCAGUGUGAUUUGAUAUGGCAGAUUGGGAACUCCCCAGCACUAGCCACCACUUAUAUUAUUUUCCAGUUGUCUCCUGCUUAAUAACACUCAAACAUUGUUGAUAGUGUCGGGGUUGUGGGCCAGUAAAUUAUCCAUCACCACCGCCGUUGAAGCCUCAGCUUACGUUGCUGCUAACGAUACAGUGUGGCCCGGAAUGGAGCCAGGCGACUUGCGGGAGAGUCCCGCCGGGUCCGGUGAGUCAGAUACGGGGGAUUGGAGGGAGGUUAUUCCCGGUGCGGAUGGGGAUGAGGAGGUCAAAGCUUCCGAAACUAAUGGAACAACACUUGAGACAUCACACAGGGACACCUGCGGGGAAGGCGAAAGUGAAAAACAGAAAAGCGUGGGAGAGCAAUUACACAGUCCCUACGAAGAGGAAUUGGACCCCCGGAUCCAGGAAGAGUUGGAGCACCUUAAUGAAGCCAGUGCAGAAAUCAACAGAUUAGAACUGCAGCUGGAUGAUGCCAGAUCAGGGUACCGGAAGAUCCUAACAGAGUCUGCCAGGAAGCUGAAUGCUCAGAGCUCUCAGCUCGGUAGCUGCAUAGAGAAAGCAAGACCAUACUAUGAGGCUCGUCGUCUUGCAAAAGAGGCACAGCAGGAGACCCAGAAGGCAGCUUUGAGCUACGAGAGAGCAGUUUCCAUGCACACAGCUGCCAGGGAGAUGGUCUACGUGGCAGAGCAGGGCCUGAUGGCCGAUGGCAAGAACACCCUGGAUCCCACUUGGCAGGAGAUGCUCAACCACGCUACCGCCAAGGUGAACGAAGCAGAGGAGGAGCGACUCCGCAGCGAGAGGGAGCAUAUGCGUGUCACACACGCCUGUCAGGAAGCUGAGGCUCGGGUUCAGAUGCUGCAGAAGUCCCUCAAAAGAGUCAUCCUGAAAUCCAAACCUUACUUUGAGCUCAAGGCCCAGUUUAACCACAUACUGGAGGAGCACAAGACCAAAGUGCUGCAGCUGGAGCAGCACGUAUCCAAAGUGAAGACCCGCUACUCCAUCGCCCUGCGAAACUUGGAGCAAAUCAGCGAGCAGAUCCAUGCUCAGAGGGAGAGGGACCAGGCCGGGGGAGGACGCCCCACUGUGUGCGGAGGGCGCAGCCCCCCCGUUGGAGCUGAGUCCGACAUCAAAGAAGAAGGCGGAGCCUGCGGUGGAGGUGCAACUGGGAAAGAUCGAGUGGAUGCUGCCAUUGAUCUGGUGGAGAAAUACAAGGAGAAGGAGAAUGAAAAGGAGCGGGAGCGAGCGGGGUCGGAUUCCCUCUCAGUCUUCAGCCUGCAGACCAUCGCUUCCGACUUGGAGAAAUAUGACUCCAUUGAGCACCUCGGGGAUCUCAGCGAUGUAGGGAGCGUAACUGGGGAUGAGGGGGAGAAAGAUAGAGGCGGAGUGAUAGACAGAAGAGACAAGCUGUCGGAAACAACCGCCAAAGAGCGCCAGCAGCAGUUCUACAAACAGCACCACAGAAGCUUCAGUUUGUGAGGCUGUCGUACAAAUAACUGCUACAAACACUGCAAAAUACAAUGUCAAAAAAUCAAAAAAUACAAAUUAGGUUAAAUUUCUGUAACACAUAGGUACCAACCAAAGUAUGAGACAGUAUAUUUGCUGCAAAUCUAGAACUGGCGUGAUGCAGUAGUAGGUGUAUGAUACUUGGUGUAAAUAAGCACACUUAUGUUGACUGACAACACAUUAUUCUAAAGCUGACACUGAUCACAGUUAACGUUGCAGCCUAGUUAGAACACUACUGGAAUCUACAGAGCUUACAUCCCUCCGGGAUAUGUAUACUGUACAUUCACUCCCUCCAAGGGAUUCUGGGUUGAAUUUGUUCCUUGAGCAUGAACGAACAGCGAACAAAGACCAAAAGCCCCGUUUGAACAGUGACACUGGAAAAAAAUAAAAACCUCCACUGUUUCCCUUCCAGUCAUGUCGAGUCUUAUCAGCGAUUGCUUCAAGGUAGAUGGGUCGCAGGGUCUUUCGAUACACAUGAGAUCCCAGCUCCUAUCCACCCUCAUUGAGUUAGUUAGCAGGGAAAAAUGACAAAAACGAUUCUGUCAGUGCAGAGUGAAAGCAUGUUGAAAUUCACAUUUCAUGUAUUUUUUUUCCCCCGUAACAUGCUGCAAGUAGUGCUUUUGUUACUUUUGGCACGAGAGAAUGCGUUUUUUGAAAAUUCCUGAAAUGGUGGCUAGAGCGAACAGAGUAGAGUUUGAAGAUGGUAAAGACUCCGUUUGACUGUUUCCACUCUGACAGCAUGCACUCCUAGUUAGCUAUUUCAACAGACAUUUAUGACAUGUAUUCAGGGCUAUAUGCUGAAACAAACACUGACACACAAUGAAAUGAUAAAGCUCAGCCAGGUUUUCUUUUUUAUGUUGUUAUGCUGUAAUCUUUUGAUGCAAAAGCCUUUCUCAAAAUUGUAUUAUUUGGAUAUUGUUUACAUUUGUAUAAGUAGAUUUCUUUGGGAGAAAAUCCAUUUCCUCUUGUUUGCCUUUUUUUGGUUGUAAUUUGAAGUGUGCCUUGACACAGGACAAGUAACCAAUUUAGUAUGAGUGGUAUUUUGUUGUAAACUCCUCUGUAGUUCUGUUAAGAACAAUUUACAGAACAACUGAGUGCCCUCUAAUGAUUUUUAAUAAUCUGACUCACCUGAGCACUGUCUGAUGAGACUUGAAGAGCUAUGAUUUUUUUGUUGUUUUGAUUUCUGUAUAUUCUUCUUUUAAAAUAUUGUACUUUGAUUGUCAAAGUGUAUGACGCAAAAUAACAAAGUCAAGAAAUGACUUGUAAAUGUAUGUAAUUAUUACAAAGCUGGAAAAUAUUGACAUGUACAGUUACAUGUGUUGCUGAUUUGAAUAUUUGACAAUUUAGUUGUACAGAUGUUCUGGAUACCCACAGAUUACUGUGUGUGUUUAAAUUAUUAUUGUUGCAGUUUAUCCGUAACACCUCUCACCUUCACUUCUGUCUUAACAAUUGGUUUUCACUCUUUUUAAUGGUAUUUGUGAUUUAGUCAGACUGUCACACGCUGUUUCCAAUUUAUGCAUUGUCAUAUCUAUAAUCAAUAAAACAGAUCAUACUU